GCUGCUCUCCCAAACUUUUUUCCUGGGAAAGUUCCUGCUUUUAAACCUGAAUAUAGAAUCACAGGAGAGUUUGGGUUCUGAAGGGACUUAAGCAAUCGGUCCCACAGGACUUAGCUCAGCUUCCAGCGACAAAAAUGUUCCAUCUGCAGAAGAUAUUAGUCCUCCCUUAUGAGUUUGAAGCGGUUUACCCCCUCAUUUUCUGCUGUUUUUCCCUCCACUCGAGCAAGGGCGGUGUGUGUUCGGCGGAGGGGCCGCAGGUGCCCGCCCUGAGGGGACGCCCUCAGGAGACUCCUCGCCUUUACACCCCGCUCCUCACAAGCGCCGCUCCCAAACGCGCGGGGAGCUUCGCCUGGAGUUACAAGCGCUGAAUUACACUAAACUGAAUUGAAUUAAAGUAAAUUCAUUUAAAUUCAAUUAAACCCGGGUCUCUUCCCGCCGCGGCGCGGGCGCCUCUCCUCGCGAGAGGUCGCCCCCGGCAACGCCGCGGCCAUGGCGGAGGAGGCGGCGGUCUCUGAGGCGGCGGUCUCUGAGGCGGCCUUCACCCUGCAGAGCAUUACCAUAACAGAUGACUCCAAAGAUGAUUAUCAGUAUGAAGAGGUUUCAGCAGAUGAUGAUUUCAGUCUUCAUGAAGAUGAUGAGGAUCUGUCCAAAGCUUUGCAGGUUACUCAAGACCGGGCUAAAGAUGCCCAAAUGAUAGAUUUUCUGUCAGUUGUGACUACUGAGAAAUCGGCACCAGACAUACCUGAAGCGAUGGAUGACUUCUUCUCCAAUUUCCUGGUCAGAUUGGGAAUGUCUAGAACCCUUGACUGCUUCCAGACUGAAUGGUACGAGCUGAUAGAGAGAGGUGUGUUUGCAGUUGAUGAUGUUGGGCUGGUUCCAGACGUGUACAUUUGCAACCAGCAACUCGAGAUUGAGAAUCUGAGCUUGAAGAAAGAUCUGGAAAGCUACAAACACUCUGUCAAUAAAAUAGAAGAGGCUCUCCUAAAAAUGCAGAAAGAACGAGACUUCCAUCGAAUGCAUCAUAAACGAGUGGUCCAGGAGAAAAACAGGCUGAUUUUUGACUUGAAAAGGCUGAAGGCACAUUAUGCAUCCUAUGAACCAAUGCUGAAGCAGCUGUCAGAAAAAUACCAGAAUUCACUGACACAGAAAAUGUUAACCAGUUUGGAGAGAGACAAAGCAAUGGGACAGGUUAUAGGUUUGCAGGCUGCAUUAGAAAGUUUGGAGUCCGGAUAUGCUAAGCAGAUCUCUGAGACAAAAGUAGGCCAUGAUUGUACAAGGAAGAAAGGGUUUGAAGGUCCCACCCAGAAAGCUCUUCGGGAAGCCAGGCAGAAAAAAUUCCUUGUUGUUGCAAGCUCUUCCUGUGAUGCAGACGAAGAUGCAGAGAAUAUGGGCAGGAGAGAUCUAAAGGAUUCAGAGUUCCCUGUUGAUCCUGAAGGGACCCCAUCCUUUGAGCAUGCUAAAGGACACACUCAACGCCUGAAAUCUGGACAGUACCAGCUGAGCAGCAUUUUGAAGGUGCACGACUUCGCAGUGAACUGCUUGGCUUUACACCCCCGGAAGAACAUCGUGCUCACGGGCGGCGAUGACCGCCUGUGGAAGACGUGGGGCUUCCCUGACGGGAACAUCCUCCUGACAGGGGAAGGUCACACGGAUUGGCUCUCAGGCUGCUGCUUCAGGCCCAGUGGCACCCAGCUGGUGACAUCGAGCGGUGACAGCACGGUGCGGCUCUGGGACCUGUCGAGGUGCGGCUGCAUCCUGACCCUGCGGGGCCAUUCCCGCGCCGUGCACGGCUGCUCCUGGCACUCCUGCGGGGACUUCGUGGCCUCUGCCUCCGCGGAUGGCACCAGCAAAAUCUGGGACAUUAACAGUGAGAGGUGCAGAUACACCCUGCGUGGCCACAAGGACUCAGUCAACAGCAUCGAGUUCCUGCCCUUCUCCAGCACCGUUGUCACCAGCUCCACUGACAAGACCUUGUCUCUCUGGGAUGUCAGAAUGGGUCUCCGUGUGUACACAUUCCAGGGUCACGUGCAUUCCUGUAAUCACGCUACAUUCAACAGGAAGGGGGAUAGCAUUGCUUCCUGUGACUCCUCCGGCGUGCUGAAGCUCUGGGACAUGCGGAAGCUGCUCCCUAUUCUCUCCAUCGAUGCAGGUCCCCAUCCUGCCAACCAGGUCGCCUUUCAUCGCUCUGGUGACCUGGUGGCUCUGGCCAGCAGCGAGGGCUCCGUGAAGGUGCUGUCCCUGGCCGUGGGCCAGCUCUCCGUCCUGCGCGGCCCCGGGGUCGAGGUGCGCUGCGUGCGCUUCCACGGCCAGGAUUCCCUGCUGUCCGCGGGCGCCGAUGGCAGGGUUUGCCUCUGGACCUGGGCACAGUGACACAGGUGGCCCUCAUCGCCUUCCACAAGAGCGGGCUGACAACAGCACUGCGGGCUUAUUGCUUCAUAGCUCGUGUUUGCACUAUUCGGGGAAUGUUCGCCCAAAUGGAGCAUUAGUUAGCAUCUAUCCAAAUAAACCCCUCUAUUUCUCCCUC